AUGCAGAGGCCAGUGGUGGACUUCUAUAUUUCUGAUUUCCAAUCUAGACUGAGAGCAUUGGUUAAAACAGGCUAUGGUGCAAGAGUGACUCCUUAUGUUGACGAUUCUAUUGAAAUUGAUGUUAGCCCUGACAAUAAAGACAUGUCCCCAGAGUUCCUUCGGUGGUUGAGAGACAGAAAUACUUCAAGUGAUGAUCGAAUGAUGCAAUUAAAAGAAGGGUACAUCAAAGAAGGUAGCACAGUUAGCGUAAUGGGAGUUGUUCAAAGAAAUGACAAUGUACUUAUCAUUGUCCCUCCUCCUGAACCUUUGACGACCGGAUGCCAGUGGGCUAAAUGUAUAUUUUCAGUUAGCCUUGAGGGUUUUAUUUUGAGAUGUGAAGACACAUCAAAGAUUGAUGUCAUUCCAGUGUAG